AUGCGGCUCUGUCUCUUCUCUAUAUUGCAAUUGCAACUAUGGCUACUAAGUCAUGUCAGUGGCACCACUGUAGGCACCCUGCCUGCCAAAAGUGUGGUCGAAUAUCCUCUCCCGGCUGCUGCUGAAACCCACGAAAUCGUCGCCUUGAGCGAUAAGCUUUUACUCAUCUCUCAGCAAACUGAUGGCGGACUGGUCAAAGUAUCGCUUGACGACAAUGGACGGCCUACUGGCGCUCGCAAAUGGACCGUAACAAAUCAAUGGUCUGGUCUACACGGACUAACACUCUCCUCGGACACCGGGACUAAUUCCUCUGGAUCCACCGUUUGGGCAACUGUCCAAUUUGACAGCGCUAUCCUCCACAUUGAUCCGAAUGGUGACGAUAUCGACUACCAACCAAGGAUCAUCAACACUAUCCCUAUACCUUAUCCCGCGUUCGGACCCCACGGAAUCUUAGAAAACAAUGGAAGCCUAUGGGUAGCGUGCAAAGAUAGCUCGCACAUAGUCAGAUUUAAUAUCAACAACCCGGAUGAACACCAAGUCUGGGCUGUUAGCGGACGUCCAAUAUUCAUUGCUAUACACCCUACAAGCGGACAUGUCUUCUCUAGUCUGGACUUAAGCAGCAAGAUCUGGCAUUACAAGAACGAUGGAGGGAGUGGUGAGGAGAUUACGGUUCCUCCAGAGCAAGGGAACACGCCCGUUGGCCUGGUAGCUGGACCGGAUGGUAACGCCUGGGUCACUUUGCUAGGAAAUGUGACUACAGGUACGGGUACAUUUGGACGCAUCAACGCAGACGCAACUAUUGAUUGGUUCGCUAUGUCCUCUUAUAUCGGCAGUACUGCAGGUCUAAUUCACAUCGCAUUUGGCCAAGAUCCAACGCAACUAUGGCUACUGGGGUCAUCUACUCUCUGUGCUUCUUGCGUCAAUGCUGUAUUUACUGUGAAGAUAGAUGAUCUUUCGACCGGUGGCUCGGCAAGUCCAAGGAUUAUGAUCCAAAACUCAAUCGUGUUGCCCACCCAGAGGAGUUGGACUCAUCGUGUCGUCUUUCCUGACGGAAGCCUAUAUAUAACUGAGCUGACGACUUCGACGCUUGCUCACGUAAGUGGCGCGGCCAUCAAUGGGUUGAAGGUCAGUGAAACUUGGGACCAAUUUGCGGACUGGGGGCUAGGUCUAAAGGCGCAGGGUAUUGAUUAUAAAAAUACUGUCUAUUAA